GCCGGAGCCGGAGCCAUGGCGCUGCGCGGCGGGGCUGAGCGCCGGCCCGGGCGGGGGCUGCUGCUGCUGCUGCUGGCGGCGGGGCUGGGCGCGGCGCGGGGGGAGGCCGCGGCCCGGCCCGUGGCGCUGGAGGAGGAGAUCGUGUCCGAGAAGGCGGCGGAGGAGAGUCACCGGCAGGACAGCGCCAACCUCCUCAUCUUCAUCCUGCUGCUCACCCUCACCAUCCUCACCAUCUGGCUCUUCAAGCACCGCCGCGCGCGCUUCCUGCACGAGACCGGCCUGGCCAUGAUCUACGGUGUUCUGAUGGGCGUCAUCCUUCGAUAUGGAAUUCACGUUCCCAGCGAUGUUAAUAAUGUGACCUUAAGUUGCCAAGUGCAAACCAGUCCAGCUACUUUGUUAGUAAAUGUUAGUGGGAAAUAUUAUGAGUAUACCCUGAAGGGGGAAAUCAGCCCUCAUGAACUUAAUAACGUUCAAGAUAACGAAAUGCUGAGAAAGGUGACUUUUGAUCCUGAAGUGUUUUUCAAUAUCUUACUCCCUCCAAUUAUAUUUUAUGCAGGAUACAGCUUAAAAAGGAGGCAUUUCUUCAGAAACUUGGGGUCAAUCCUAGCGUAUGCCUUUCUUGGAACGGCUAUCUCCUGUUUUGUGAUAGGGUCGAUCAUGUACGGCUGCGUAGCACUGAUGAAAGUAACUGGGCAACUUGGAGGAGAUUUUUACUUUACAGACUGUCUGUUGUUUGGUGCCAUAGUAUCAGCUACUGACCCAGUGACUGUUCUUGCCAUAUUCCAUGAGCUUCAGGUUGAUGUUGAGCUGUAUGCCCUUCUCUUUGGUGAAAGCGUCCUCAACGAUGCCGUUGCCAUAGUCCUGUCUUCUUCAAUCGUAGCAUACCAGCCGGCGGGCGACAACAGCCACACGUUCGAUGUCACAGCAAUGUUUAAGUCCAUUGGCAUCUUCCUUGGGAUAUUCAGUGGCUCUUUUGCAAUGGGAGCUGCUACUGGAGUGGUCACAGCUUUAGUCACCAAGUUUACCAAACUCCGUGAGUUCCCCUUGCUGGAAACUGGUUUGUUUUUCUUGAUGUCUUGGAGCACAUUCUUGCUGGCUGAAGCAUGUGGUUUCACAGGUGUGGUUGCAGUAUUGUUCUGUGGAAUCACCCAGGCCCAUUAUACCUAUAACAACUUGUCUACAGAGUCUCAGCAUAGAACUAAACAGUUGUUUGAGCUUCUGAAUUUCUUGGCAGAAAAUUUCAUCUUCUCCUACAUGGGACUCACAUUGUUCACCUUCCAGAAUCACGACUUCAACCCUACUUUUAUAGUGGGAGCCUUUCUUGCCAUCUUCCUGGGAAGAGCUGCUAAUAUUUAUCCCCUGUCCUUUUUACUUAAUCUGGGGAGAAGAAACAAGAUUGGAACAAAUCUCCAGCACAUGAUGAUGUUUGCCGGAUUGCGAGGCGCCAUGGCUUUUGCCUUGGCUAUUCGAGACACUGCCACUUACGCUAGACAGAUGAUGUUCAGCACAACACUCCUCAUUGUGUUUUUCACCGUCUGGGUUUUUGGCGGUGGCACUACAGCCAUGUUAUCUUGCUUGCAUAUCAGGGUCGGUGUGGAUUCGGAUCAAGAACACUUGGGUGUCCCGGAAAGUGAAAGGAGGAGUACAAAAGCGGAAAGUGCCUGGCUGUUCAGGCUGUGGUACAACUUCGAUCACAACUAUCUGAAGCCUCUGCUAACGCACAGUGGCCCUCCUCUCACAACGACACUGCCUAGUUGCUGCGGACCUGUUGCCAGAUGCUUGACGAGUCCUCAGGCUUAUGAAAAUCAAGAGCAGCUGAAGGAUGAUGAUUCUGACCUUAUUUUGAAUGACGGAGACAUCAGUUUGACAUACGGGGAUUCUACUGUGAACGCAGAUUCUAUCACCUCCGGUGGCACGUCGAGGAGGAUUGUGGGAAACAGUUCUGAAGAUGCUUUGGAUCGGGAGUUGGCAUUUGGGGACCAUGAACUUGUAAUACGGGGAACACGCCUGGUCCUUCCCAUGGAUGAUUCCGAGCCUCCGUCGAGUUUGGUAGAUAGUGCGAGACAUGGCCCAGCGUAAGAUUGACGUUGCUCGAUUUAAUUGACAAUAAUAUCUGCAUAUGUGAUCACGAAGAAAUAUGUACUACCUAAAAUCUAAUGCAUGUCUCAGAAUGUCUAAGCUGUAUAAAUAUUAUUUAUAUGGUGUCAGAAGAAUAUAAAUAUUCUCUACAAGAUGGCUUGUGACGAGCAAGCUGCAGUUUCUUGAGUUGAAAACCAUGCUGACUGCACUGUGUAGAAAGAAACUAGUUUUUAGCAUAAUAAUCUUUUGCACAUGGUGGACUUCUUUUCAAGUGGUGUGAUGUAUGGCCUUAGGUCCCAGCUAGGUAGGGAAAGUGGCUGAUUUCUCUGCAGAAUUCAGCUUGACACAGACCGAAAUGACAAAUGAAAUGUUGCCUUUGCUUUGCCCUACCUAGAGUUGUUAGGGAGGUGUCAGCUAAAGAUGUAAAUUGCUUAUUAGUCACAUGAUGACUGUUUUGGUCUCUCAUAUCUCUGAUUGUCAAAUACUCACAUUAUAAUAUUGGCAAAAUCUCUGCUCAAAGAUUGGCCAGAUGGUCUAGCAGCCAGCCAUACUCUGCACUGCUGUAUUUGAAUCUGAGCUGGGGUCCCCAUUUAUCCAGGCCAGGAGGAGCUGUAAGGCAUCAUUGACUCAGAAUGCUUUGCUCCUGGGAAGGAAAGGGAACAUUACGCUCGGAAGUGACUCGCCCACUCUACUAAGCCACUGUUUAGAUAAUGGGGAAUCAGCAGAAGCCAUUCUCAGCCUUCCUCCAGUCCAGGGUGGGUCACCAUGAUGUAUGACUUUUCAGAUUGGGGCCCAGAGCGUCAGUUUGUGUUUUGCUGUAGUAUUUGAGGGAAAGAAUUGAUCACACACAAGCUGCAUCAGGCUUACUGCACAGGCUUUGUAGUUGGUGAGUUUGCAUUUCAGGUGUGGCUUAAACAGCUUUUCUAGAGAUAAACACAUUUUUAACAGGUGAUUGAGUUCUGAAUUUUGGGAAGGGGCCAUGUCUCAUGCGAUUGAAGCUCUUUUACUAAUUAGUCAUUGAGGAAACUAAAUAAAUGUACAAGUCUACUGCAGUUCCAUGCUAUACCACGGAGUCACACCUAUCCAAACAGGAAGUGUAAAGGUUGUAGAUUGAAACUGUACAUGCAGAUUUCUUAAGAGGUAUUUAGAAAAUGAGGUGGUACUGAAAGGGAGUCGUCCGUACUCCUGUCUAGUUGAAAUUGUUGCACUUUGUUUGAUACACUGCAUGCUAAGGAGUUACUAUAAUCUCCUCCCUGAUUCAUUGUCAUGUCUCUUACUGUUUAUAAUAAAUGUUUGUGAGUUUCCAUGUUUUUACAUUUUUCCAAGGAAGAGCACAGAACAAUUUGCUAUUUCACAUUAGAGUACUGGGAUUUAUUCUUCAAUGAUGGGAAUGGCUAAAGGUGCAGUGAAAAUUUACGAAGCUGAGAACUCUUAUUUCUUGCUUUCUCCAAGAAAAAAGUUCCAGCCUAGAACUUAACUGCGUAUAAUUUUAAUUUAUUUUUAGCCACACAAUCAGCCAGUCCUUUCACAGUCACAAAUACACACACUACUGAUUUCAGAGUUAGCACUGACUCACUCUGUUAAAACAAGAACGCACUUCCUCAAGGUAGCGCGGGACCUGAUCCUAAGAGAUGUCUGAGCACUCCCAGUUCCAAGUGACUUUGCUUGGAAUUGAGAGUACUCUACACCUCUCAGAUCAGGACCUGAGACCUCAUUACAGUUUUCUUGGGAUGUUUACCCCCCACCACUGUUGUGGAGUGGGACAUUCAUGCAAAGGGGAGGAGAAACAAGGAAAUAUUUAGACUUUGACUGAGUGUAUAUUUAUAGUUCAGAAAAUAAAAUUACCUUUUUUCAUUUUCUCAGGUCUAAAUAACAUUGCCUUAAAAUUACCGAAAUGGAACUAAUAUUUUGCAGUUAAAAUAUCCCCAAGAAUUUUUUUUUCCUUUUCAAGCAAAAUGUACAGGUUUUUUCUGUAGGACUCCUCUAGAACUCUGUACAUUCUGCGUUUACAUUUUAGGAAAUAAGAAUCUUCAUUGCACCCAGUAAAUGGCAGUUUUAGCUGUUAACAUACCCAUUUGUUGUUUAGUGCUAGCCGGUUUGUUCCCUGCUAUGCAGGGUUUCCAUGCAGUGUGAAUUUUAUAUUAUGUCUGUAUCUUAACUUCAUGUGUUUAAAAAAAAAAAGAAAAGAAAAAAAAGUGAAUGUGUUGAUUUUUGGCUGCCGCACCAUUAUACAGCAAAUAUUUUUUUAUUUUGCCUUUUUAAAAAGAGGUAGGUUAAAUAACUACCUCCUAUUUUUUCCUCUGUAAGCUGGGUGCCUGUGAAUUCAAUUUACAAAGAUCCAUGCUGAUCCCAUAGAAUGUGGAAAACGCAGCUAUUGUUGUUCAGAUAUGCCUCUGAUAAGAGCGCAUCAUCUGAUGUCUUCAGUUACUAGCUAUUCAAAGCAAUUUGAGAUUGCUUCCCAAUCUCUCCUCGGGCGGAUCCACUGCUGUCAGAGCACUGGAGACCCCCAGCUUUGCCCACUUAGUAGUUUCAGUGGGGAAAUACCCAAUCACUCCGAUCCCAGUCAGAAUUCCUAUAAAGGUACGUCUAGACUGCGGCUUCGAGGGUGCUUCCCAAUGCAGGUAGACAAAUGCACUAGCUCUGCUCAAGCUAACACGCUAAAAUAGCAGUGUGGCUGUGAUGGCUCCAGCUAGCUAUCCCCGUCCAAUUCUGCCCGACCCUUCAGUACUACCAGUUUGUGCCGGUGCAGCCACGCUACUAUUUGUGGCGAGCUAGCAUGUGUCUGUCUACCUGCGUGGGGAAGCACCCUCCCAGAUGCUGCGUAGACAUUCCUAAGCGACAAUUCCUGAAACUUGUUUGCAGUGUCGUUAUAGCUGUGUUGGUCCCGCUUAUAUGAGAGAGAGAGACAGUGGGUUAGGUAAUAUCUUUGAUUGGACUAACUUCUCUUGGUGAAAGAGACAAGCUUUUGAGGCUACACAGGUCUCAAGAAGAGCUCCGCGUAAGCUCAGAAGCUUUUUUUUUCCACUAACAGAAGCUGGUCCAAUCAAAGAUAUUACCUCACCCACUUUGCAUUGAGUGUGCUGAAGUGUCCCUAGCAGCUAGGGCCUCAUCUGGUACUUAUUGGAAGCAGUGGCAAAAGCCUCACUGGUUUUGUCUAGCCUAGGACGAAAGGUGUGGUGUUAGAAUGUGUUUGCACGCAGCCUUUAUGUUUGGAAUUGGUCGAGUUCAAAACUAGGCAAUGCUCAACUUUUAAAACAUGUUAGUAAGAAGGCGUUAGCUAAUAUACGCUACUGUCGCCCCUGAAAUCCUACCCUAGACAAGGCCUUUGAUUUUGGAGUUAGGGCCUGCAUGCAUUGCCUCUAUAGCCUAAAACCCUGUGAGAAAUCAAGACUCACCUGGCAAUUCCAGGUAUCAUCACAAGGCCGGAAUUAACUCCUAUUAAUUAACUGUUGUUAAUGUGUUUCUCUCUCCAACUUUAAUACAUUAGCUACAAUAUUUGAAUUGCCAACACAUUACUACAGUCCUAGGCUUUUGAUGUCAAUUAACAUUUUAAUUGAUUAUUGAAGUACUUUAGAGAAAUAUUCUAGUGUGUAUAUUUUUGUGUGGUCAGAAAUUAUAUUGUGCGUUAAACAUAAUAUAAGGACUGCUUUAAAAAUAAAAACGGAAUGAGUGAAUCAAUCAAAGCUGAGAUUCAAGAGUGAGUUUAUAGAAACAGCUCAAACAAACAGUAAACUAUUUCCUUUAUCCUGUUGUAGUGGAGAAUACAGAGGUCUUGAUCUUCAGUGGUGUUGAGAACCUACAGUUUCCACUUACUGCAAAGGAAAUGGUGAAUGCUUAGCACCCCUGGCAUUCAAGCCUGUAGAUCUUUUGCCAAAUAUGUAAAACAGCCCCAGAUACACAAUUUUACAAUGCUUUUAUAAAGAUUUAGAGAUGUCACCCCUUGGGAAUCCUCUCAUCUGUAAAUUGAAUUGACUUGGGUUUUGCACAUGAAAAAGCACUGUUGAUCAAGUUUUGAUUUCUUCUAGUAUUGUUGAAUUGUCCAGUAAUGGCAUUAACUUCAGUAGUUGUGGUGUUUGUGCAGUUGGCUUGUGAUAGUUGAUGAUCAUUAUUGCACCUUUUGUUUACGCUGACUAAAUUUUUUACUGUUGCAUUGUACUGUGAAAGAAGGAUCCUAGGCCUAUAAAAAGUUCUUUUUUUCUUGAAUAAGUCUGUAGUGUUUCUUUAAUUCACAGGGAAAUAAAAACCUAUAACACAUGUAA